AUGGACUGGAGGUAUAGCUCAGACAGUAGAACACCUGCUUUCCUGCUUUGCAAGCGUGUAAGCCCUAAGUUCAAAUGCCAUCCCUAACAAAAAACUUAAUCAUUUGCUUCAAGGCUGGGAUUACAGGCCUGUAGUACCACAUCCAGCUGUCCUAUAGCUUAUAAACAAACCUGAUCGAUUUGAGGAUCCAGUUAAGAGAUCUUCCUGAGUUCCCUGGCCUAGGAUUUGUAAAGACCACUUUUCUUAAAGGGCCCAGACUUGGGUGUAUUUCCUGUUUUCUAAGAUUCUCCCGUCUCUGGCCACCCUUUCACCGAAUUUCCAGCACUUCCCGAGUUCACAAAUUAUAGACUGCUACCACUGUUUAUGAUCCUCUUCUUUGAAGUAUCUUCAGUCCCUCUGAGCUCUGGGCCUCCUCUUCCUGGUUGGGGCUGGCUUUUGCUCUGUGCCUUGCCAGUAACAGGUUCCUAACCCUGUCUUACUAGUGGCCGUGGUGCAUAGGCAGACUGCAGCCUCCCAUCCUUCACCCAGUCCACUCCUUCCUGGGCUGUUACACAGACCUGGGGACGUUGUGACUAUGGCUGCUUCCCCUGUCACCUCUGCCCCCCAGUUUGUUUUCUGUCACCUUUUUGAUGUGAUCACUCUGAUAGUGACUAAAGUCUUGGUUACAGCAAAUGAGAUACAAGCAGCCGUGGACAUAGCUGAGUAACCUGCAGUGACUUGGGGCAAUCCUGGGAGGCCACUACUUUUGCUUAGAAAUUUGUGAAGAUGUAGCUGUUUGUCCAGGGCUACUUCUGCAUUCUAACUGUAGGAUCUGUUAACUCUGUUUUUAAUGAAGUAUAUCUUGGGAGUCACUGGUGUAUUUUAGCUGUGAAAGCCAUUUCUGCAUCUCUACUGAGUCCAAGGCCUUUCCUUGGUGUGGCCCCUAGACCCCUGACAAAACAUCUGGGCUUAGACACCAACACGGGCACGGCCAGCUGUUCAUUGCCCUUGCUUCAGCCUUGGCCUCAAAAACUGCUUGGGGCUUUAGAAGACAGUCUUUUCUCUAAGUGCCUGUUAGGCAGACACGGCGGGUUUAGUCUGCAUUUUCUGUGUCCCGCACAGCUAAAGAAUUGCUGGGCGCUCAGAGGCAAGGCUGGACUAACCAGUUCUGGGGUCCAGGAAUUGUUUUCCCAAUGUACAUCACAGGCCAAACUGGAACCACAGGACACAAUCCCUUAUCCACAUAAUCCAGCCCUAAAGCAGCCUUGGGGGGACGGAUUUCACUUUAAGUCAGGAGUAUUUUCUUAACCUUUGUUGGAAGUGGGAUCAGAGUGGGAACCUCGAUGUAUGUGUGUUUCUCCUGCUGGAGCCAGGCAGAUUACAGGUGCAUCACAGGAGCCUUGAAUGCAGUGCCCCUGCACGGACAGUCCAGAACCCACCACCAGGGUGGAUACCUGGGGCUGUCCUGAGCAAGCCUGGGCUGGUAACUCACAGGGUGCUGUGUUUAGGUGGAUGGGGGUGCAGUGAGCCUUUACUAAGUGCCCUUUGACCCUAGUUUGUGUUUAAUCUGCAAAUUGGUCUCAAGGUUUUCUGUCCCCCUCUGUGGCUGAGCGAGGGCUGGGCCAUCGUGUGGGGGGGGUGCAGGGCCAUUCCCUCAGCACGUGAUCCCCGCCCGGGUAACACUGGCCAGGGUGCAAGUUGAGGCCCCAGCAGCGUCUUGGGUGCUCUGUAGGGAUCAGAUUUCCUGGGGGGGGGGGUUGGCUCUGGCAGAGUGACCUUCGGAGUCGCGUCCCAGGCCAUGGAGUGGAGGUGGCUGCUCGGCUGGUCCCUGGGCGACGCAGCGACAGGAAAGCGCCCCAAGCUAGUUUGAGUUGCUGCGGUCGCUUUAAGACGCGUCCGGCGGGUUGGGGGCGGGCCUUGAGGCCCCUCCCACCGAGGCGGAGUCUAGAAGGACCCGCCCCCGGGGUGCGCGGGCGCGCGGUGGCACUUUGAACCGGGCUCUCGGCCGUUGCGGCCGGAGUCGUGGUCCGGACCGGGUUCAAGGGAACCGGCAGCCGCUGCUCCGGCCAUGGCGGCCGAGGAGCGCGUGUCGCGCUGGUACUUCGGGGGUCUGGCCUCCUGCGGGGCCGCCUGCUGCACGCACCCACUGGACCUGCUCAAGGUGCACCUGCAGACACAACAGGAGGUGAAGAUGCGGAUGACCGGCAUGGCGCUGCAGGUGGUGCGCUCUGACGGCAUCUUGGCACUCUACAACGGCCUGAGCGCCUCGCUGUGCAGACAGAUGACCUACUCCCUGACAAGGUUCGCCAUCUAUGAGACCGUGCGAGACCGCAUGUCCAAGGACAGCCAGGGGCCUCUUCCCUUCUACAGCAAGGUGCUGCUGGGUGGCUUCAGCGGUUUAACUGGAGGCUUUGUGGGGACCCCUGCAGACUUGGUCAAUGUCAGGAUGCAGAACGACAUGAAACUGCCCCUGAGCCAGCGACGCAACUAUGCACACGCCCUGGAUGGCCUGUACCGCGUGGCCCGCGAAGAGGGUCUGAAGAAGCUGUUUUCAGGCGCGACCAUGGCAUCCAGCCGUGGGGCCCUUGUCACUGUGGGGCAGCUCUCCUGUUAUGACCAGGCCAAGCAGCUGGUCCUCAGCACUGGAUACCUGUCCGACAACAUUUUCACUCACUUUCUCGCCAGCUUCAUUGCAGGUGGUUGUGCCACAUUCCUGUGCCAGCCCCUGGACGUGCUGAAGACCCGUCUGAUGAACUCCAAGGGCGAGUAUCAGGGUGUUCUCCACUGUGCCAUGGAGACAGCAAAAGUUGGACCACUGGCCUUUUUCAAGGUGUGGUGGGGUGGCAGGGACGAUGUGUUCCGGGCAGUGGGACCAUGUCCCUCUGGGCUCUCCACAUCUCCAUCUCCUGUGUCUCCACCCAGGGCCUCUUUCCCGCCGCCUUCCGUCUCGUCCCCCACACUGUGCUUACUUUUGUGUUUCUGGAACAACUGCGGAAAAAUUUUGGCAUCAAAGUGCUGACCUGACCUGACGGCACAGGGACAGCUGGGCUGUGCCUGGCUACCACCCCAGGCUCUUUGGAAUCCUCCUUCCCUUCCCAUCCCUUGGGCUCCUGCCCUGCCUGGGCCAGGGCUCACUCCAGUGGCCUUUGUUCCCUCCCUGCACCCACUGGAGUGAGUGGCAUGUCCACUUCACCUGCUCUGGAGUCCUUCUCACUAAAUGUUUGCCUCGUUCUUUCUUCCCCAGUGAUGAUUCACUCAGGAGAAAGGCGAAGAGCAGUCCCCAGGCUGGUCCUCACCCUGCCCAGGCGCUUGCAUGGUUCUGCCCAGUGAGCAGUUAAGAACUGGGCUGAAGCUCCAUCUUCCAGCAGCUUCCACCCAUGACUUGAGUGGCAGGGUGGGUGUGUGGACCGCAGCAGCUGCCCACCAGACUGCGUGAGCAAGUGCACUCUUAAGUCAUGAGAGGGACAUAGCUGUAGCAGCCAUGAAGACCCUGCCCCAGGAGAAGGAGACACCAUUUGGAACACCAGCAAGUGCCAGAAUGGGAGGGUCCAGGGUAGGCAUCUGAGGUCUCUGUGCACCCCGCCCUCCCAUGUCCAGCUCCAGCUGCUUAACGGUCAGUUUUGCUGAGGCUUCUCAAUGCCAGCAGGCUGCUGCUGUCUUCAGGGGCUGCAUUCUCCCCUCCCAGCUCCUUGGGAAUGAGGCCACAAUGUUGGAGGCCACACUGGCAGAGGUGGGGGCAGCAGAGGGCAGAGAACCCUCUAUGGUUUUUCUCCCCGUGUAGCAGGUGGUCACCCUCACAGUCUCCUAGCAGCCAAAAAAAA